GUGAGAGAUAAUAUCAUUUUGCCUUACAGAUCACCUUCAGAUCACCUUCACGAUCGUGUCACUUGCACCCACGAGGUUCCCCCAAGUUCCGAACUGCAAUCAAUCGAUCCUGUGCAUGUUAAACAAAUACGGAGCUCUGCCGCGCUUACUGCACACUUAGCACUUUCACCAACGGAAUCUGGGCUGGCCACCUAUCAGUCAGUGAGCGACUGCAAAAACGAGUGCGAGUAUGAUGACAUAGCUGACACUUAUCGAAAUUCAAGGCCAGCAAGUGAGGGAUAUUCGGAUAUUCACGAAAGCGCACAAGAAAACACAGUGGUAGUAAGUGGUGAGAAAGGAAAACAGCAGCCUACUGCUUUGUGCGAUAAAGAAGAAGAAAACAAAGAUCAUCUUUAUGCUGUUGUUCAUAAAGAAAGAAAAGGCAGAGCCAGUUCUGAAGCAAGCGCUCUCAAAAAAUCAUCAUAUCACCCUCAGGAAGAAAUAAGUGGGUUACCUGUGAACCGCCGGUCCUGCGUCGAUUGUAUCGGUUGUUCGUCGCAUCCAACUGAAUCAGGGCUCGACAACAACACAGAGGCUCCAGAGAGCAAGACACCUCAGGCUGGAGCUAGCAUUAAAUAUCUGUACGCAGCUGUUAACAAGACAAAAAACAAGAAGAAACAGCCACCUGCUUUGUGCGAUAAAAAA